AUGGGCCCGGGUGAAGGGGAGGAAACAAGUGUCUGGGCAGUGAAAGGCCCCAAGCAGGUGACAGCUGACCAAGGCAGCUUGCUGGCAGUGUCCUGCAGCUAUGAGCCAGGCUAUGAGCUCAAUUCCAAGUACUGGUGCCGCCAGAGCUUCCUCUGGUUUUGCUGCACCGACAUCAUCCAAACCAGUGGCUCAGAGGUGAUGGUGACACAGGGCAGGGUGUCCAUCAGGGACAACCACACAGCACACUCGUUCACGGUGACACAGAGUGGAGUCACGCUGGGGGACGCAGGCCGGUACUCCUGCGGUGUGAAGAGGAAACUGUGGUUCAGCACAUCCCACACCACCAGGGUGAUGGUCUCUGCAGCUGCUUCAACCACAACUGAAGGCAGCGAUGUGGGCUCCAGUGGCCGUGGGGAGCCUCCAGUGCUGUACCAGCUCAGUGUCACCCACCUGCUGCUCCUCCUCAGCUUGAAAUUUCUCAUAGCCUUGGCCCUGGUGUGUGGGGCAGCCUGGAUGAGGAGCCGGCGCUGUGGGGUGGUGGGCUGGCACAGAACUGUGCAGGGAUUCGUGGGGGAGUCCCUCUCAGUUACCUACAAGUACCGGCCCGGCCAGGAGAUGAACCCGAAGUUCUGGUGCAACCCGGGAACAUUUUAUACCUGUGCUAAGGACAUCAUCAUCACUUCGGAGUCACAGCCCGUGGUGCGGAAGGGCCGAUUCUCCAUCCGGGAUAACCGCACACACCUGGUGUUCACAGUGACUGUGGAGGAUCUGACAGAGGAGGAUGCGGGAAUCUACCUCUGUGGGGUGCGAACGGGAAGGCUCCAGUUUGAUCGGGGUGAUGAAGUGGAGGUGAUCGUGUUGCCAGGUCAGUCCCUGCACAAUUCCACCCCAGCAACAGUGACCACAGCGCUGGGGGGCCGGGGACAGACUACGGGAGGAGGUGUCACCCUGAGCGAGGGGAGAUGGAGAGGGACAAAGUGCCCUCCUGGCACCCGCUGCAUCCGUCGCUCCUUCACACCUGCAACUCCGACGCUCCAGCCGGACGCUCCGCAGGGAACCCGUGGCUCCUUCCGCUACUUCCCGGUGCUGGCCGGGCUGCAGCUGCUGGCGCUGCUGGCCAUGAGCGCGGCCGUGCUCUGGGUCAGCCUGCGGGGCUGA